AUGAUCAGCAGACUACUUCUAAGCCUAGUGAUAAUGCAAAGUAUUCUUGCAAGAAUCAAUAUGAAAGACAUAAAGACAGUGAGUGAGACUCUAGUUGGCGAGAAGCAGGAUGUGGUUAUUAACCCGAAAGGCCCGUUGAAUCUGCUGCGUGGAUAUAUUGGAAAUAGAAGCGGAUACAUGUACAACAAGCGAUUUUAUUCUUCUGAAAUAGAUACAGACUAUGAACUGAGCAAGGAAGGAAUAUCCAGCACGGGCAGACAAGAAUACAAAUUUACAAGAACACCAGUGAAUGACAGAGUAUACAAAGACUUGGAUACAAAGACUCCAGACAGCAAGUAUCUUAGUAUAUAUCACGCGCAGCUGAUAAAGAUGUUUCCCUCAAUAGACGGAGACCUUUCCAUUGAGGCAGGCAGGCCAAAUGCACUUACAAAUUUCCUAAGAGCAGAAAACAUUAAGAAGGAUGCUAAAUAUAUUCUUGCAGCACUUCUUCUUCUUUCAGAGGGCGUUGACAUUAAAAUAAAUGUAGACCAUGCGGGAGAAAAAAAGAGGCUUGUCAUAAAAAGUAAAACAUGCAAAGAGAAAGUGUUUGUAGAUGUAGAAAUGCAUACUGCAGGUAUAGAUCCAGUUACUAAUGAGCACAGUGAGAGCAUCUACCAAAGUGAGGCAGCUGGAAUUAUCAAGUUCUAUAUGCAGUGCAGAGACAAUCCACUGCUAAAGAGAGGAGGUGAGUUUGCAAUGCCAGCCACGAAAGAAGAGUUUGAGAGUGGAAGGUUUCUGAACAAUGCAGCCUUCCUUAUACAGACGUACAUAUAUGAGUUCAUUGAUACAGCAGAGAAUUAUGUGAGUUUUGUGAAUGCAGUGCAUGAACUGCUGGUUGAUCAAGUAGCUGAAAAGGAGAACCCAAAGCAGACUAAGAAGAAGGGUAAAAAGGGCAGAAUAUUCGAUGAGCUCUUUCUAGCAAAAGAUACACUUAGCGAAAACAAAAAAUACAUUGAAUCAUUCUAUGGCCUUGUUCAGGCUAUAAAUGAAAAUGCCAAUUUUCCCUUCUACAAUGAUAGUCAGCUGCCGCGGUAUACUAGAGUGCCACGUUGCAAACUAGACAAGUUGGGCUUUGAGAAAAGCCAUGCAUUAUACUACAGUGACUGUGUAGAAACAGCUCUGCUUGGACUGUUCUGCUGCCUGGCAUACAACCAAAACACCGGAGAGUACCAAACAAGCCACAUGGGAGAGGGAGUAAGCAAAGAGCUAAGAGACUUCUUUGAAAAGUAUUCUAAGCCAAAAGAGGCAACAAGCUUUGAAAUGCAUAAGAAAUGGUGCAGAGUUGUUGCGUGCUUAAAGAAUGACAGGAUUGACUACAAAAAGGCAAAAAACGAACUUAUCUCGGGGGUUGGAAAUAUACUUCUUGCUAUAGCAGAAAUAACAGGACAAAAAGCAGAAACAUUAGAACUAGUUGAAUAUAUAGAAUCAGCAGAUAAAGCAGGAAAAUUAAAUUAUAAGCAGGAAGUUUAUAUUGCAGAUAAGAUAGAAUCGAUUAUUAGGUCUUUGUCACUGAAUAAGAAUGUGGAAGUAAAGUGCAACCAAAUGACACUUGGAAAGAGGUCAAGCGGAAAGGCAGAUAUUUUAGCUCAAAUUGUUAUUACUUACAAUUUUGAUGGGGAAAAGAAUGGAAUCUCUUUGGAUAUAAGCCAAGGGCAUGCUACUCUUAGUCUUUUUCGAUCUUUUGGAAAUAGCUCUGCAAAAGUUAAAGAAAAGUGUGAAGAGGUAAAAAACACUUACAGUGAUGUAGACUGCUAUGUAGGGUACAUCGCAGAUCAUUACGUUAGUACAGAAUUAGAUGCUUUAUUUUUUAACAAAGCAGACUUUUCAAAGAAACUUAAGAAAGUCUUAUAUCCAGUUAUACAGGAGGGAUCUGAAGGCAUAUAUAAAAUAUUCUUAUUAGAAAAGCUUGUUUCCAAUGAGAUUAAAGGCCUUAUUAUAAAUAGUUUUAUAGACAGUACAAUAGAUAAGGAGGUACUCCCAGCAAACCCUUUAACACGUUUUACUGCAAACAUUUUAGGAAGUGUUCCGCUCAAUGACCCUAGCACAAGAUAUACGAUGCUAAAACACUUCCCCCUUCAUGCAAGCUGGCAGAAAUUCUAUCCAAAGCUUGGAUUUAAGCCAUCAGAGAAUAUCCCAAAAGAAGAUGCUAUUUGGGCAAAUAUAGCAAAAGUGUAUACAUACACUACUCUAGCAAAUCUUCCAGCGCCUGCAGCAUUAAAAGCCAUAUGCAACUAUAUUAAAGCAACUGCGAAUAAUACAAGGAUGGAAUAUUCAGGAGUAUAUUGUAUAACCCGAACGCAUCUAUUUGAACAUAUUGUAUCUAAGGAGAGAGUGGAUAGACUAGUAGAAAUUCAAUCCAUUCUCAAAGAAUCUACGAAAGACUACAAUUUAAACUAUGUAUAUCUUCUUUGGUUUAUCCAUGUAAGCUCGGGUGUUGGUGGGUUCUCAUUAGAAUCUAUCAAGAUAGUUUACGACUUUAUACUCUUUGAUAAUUAUCCAAAGCCACUUGUCUUUGAAGAAGGAAUAUCGGGACCUGCAGAGUAUUUUGAAAAGAGUCUAAGUGUUUUAAAAGAAAAUAAGACUCUUUUUUGCUCAAAGGAUGACAGAAAAAGUAUAAAGAAAUAUAAUGGAUUAGUGUCAUAUUUGAGGAAGUUCAUUAAAACAAAGAAAACAGGGUGUUUUCCCAUGUUCUAG